AUGGGGGGCGGAUCCGGAUCUUUCCUCAAGGUCCUGGUCAACAACAUGGAUGUUGUCGCGGGGCCUGUAGUUUCACUUGCAUAUCCUCUGUAUGCCUCUGUUAGAGCAAUUGAAACAAAAUCUGCUGUGGAUGAUCAGCAAUGGCUCACGUACUGGGUGCUGUACUCAUUUAUCACUCUAUUCGAGCUCACCUUUGCUCCAGUACUCGAAUGGGCUAUAAACAACCUUGAUUUCUUUGCUAUUGACCUUCUCUGGUUUAGUACUGCACUUCAUGAUUCACCGCUAUCUCAUGAUUUGGUUGAUAAGAUUCUUGGAUUUGGAUACAUCAUGAGAUGA